AUGAUUUUGAAGUCAAACAGUACAGAAAGGAUAAUUGUGUGUCUAAAAAUUCUUUAUUUCUAGAUUUUUUGGUAAUGACUGAUUCUUUUGACGAAGAGGAUAAUUUCGGCAGUUAUAGCAUGGUGGGCUCAUUUCCGAAAGACUUUUGUUAUGAACCUGGUGAUAAUGAAGAUUACAGCACUUCAUCUAGUGAUGAAAAACCAAGAAUAUUGCUCAUGGGUUUAAGAAGAAGUGGGAAGUCGUCAAUACAAAAGGUCGUUUUUCACAAAAUGUCUCCAAAUGAAACACUGUUUUUAGAAAGCACAGCAAAAGUUGUAAAAGAUGAUAUUUCAAAUAGUUCAUUUGUUCAGUUCCAGAUUUGGGAUUUUCCUGGACAAAUUGACUUCUUUGACCCAGCAUUUGAUUCAGAGUUAAUUUUUGGAAAUUGUGGUGCUCUUGUGUUUGUGAUAGAUGCGCAAGAUGAGUAUACAGAAGCAUUGAAGAAAUUACACUCGACAGUAACUAGAGCCUAUAAGGUGAAUCCAGAUAUCAAGUUUGAGGUGUUCAUUCAUAAAGUUGAUGGAAUUUCUGAUGAUCACAAAAUAGACAUUCAAAGAGACAUUCAUCAAAGAGCUAAUGAUGAAUUGGCUGAUGCUGGAUUAGAUGGUUUAUAUCUGAGUUUCUAUCUUACCAGCAUUUAUGAUCAUUCAAUAUUUGAGGCCUUUAGCAAGGUUGUUCAGAAACUAAUUCCUCAAUUACCAACACUGGAAAAUCUACUUGACAUCUUAAUCACGAGAUCUGGUAUAGAAAAGGCAUUUCUUUUUGAUGUCGUCAGUAAGAUAUACAUCGCCACAGACAGCUCGCCAGUGGACAUGCAGUCUUACGAAUUAUGUUGUGAUAUGAUUGAUGUUGUUAUCGAUAUUUCCUGUAUAUAUGGACUUCAGGAGGACGGCGAAGGAAGCGCAUAUGACCAAGAAACUUUAUCUACUAUAAGGAUGAACAACACGACCGUCUUAUAUUUACGAGAAGUCAACAAAUUCCUGGCUCUUGUCUGCAUUCUGCGAGAGGAGAAUUUCGACAAACGCGGUUUAAUUGACUAUAAUUUCUUGUGCUUUAGAAAUGCUAUUCAGGAGGUGUUUGACGUUCGAAAUUACGCGCUAGAGGGAGCUAGUGCCGAGUCCUCCAGUACACGACUCAAUGGAACUGCAAGUGGACAUAAGUCACGUGAAGAUUCCGUUGUUGUCUAAACAUUUGAUGUGCAACGUUGUUUCGUCAUAACAAUUACAGUUUGCAAAAUGACGUAAUAACAUUGUUAUAAUAAUCUCUGACGUUUGAAAAAAGGCGAUUGCAAAUCUAUCAUAAACUAAUAAUGAGAUUACAAGUUAUUUUUUGUGAUACAUUCUAGAAUAAAGAUUUCGAUUAAAGUAUGUGCCACUAUGGGAUAGCAUAGGGAUUGCACAUGAUACAAGAAUAUAGAUAUCAAAGAAACAUAUAUUACUAAUUCACUCAUUGUACCAUCGUAAACAUUUGUAAAUUCAUUAAAUAUGUAUUUGACACCUGGGA